AUGCCGUUGAACUGGGGCUGGUGCGUCGGGCCGGUAUGGCGCCGAGUCACGGGUUUCUCAGCCUGUCCACAGUGCAGUCCUGAUUGGGCCUCGUCGCCGUCACCAAGCUCCAAGGUCCUGGAUCCAGGAAGCCAACAUCGCGGGAUCCUCGACACGCAUAUCCCUCCCCCCUCUGUCGGCCAUCAACACGCAUCCCCCGCAUCGAGUCCGACCACCAUUCUGCCCACCAUGGCUGAAGACUCUGUCCUCGCCCCCAAGUUCGCGCCGUUCAUCGGAAUGGCCGGCAUUGCGGCUGCCAUGAUUUUCGGAUGCAUCGGCGCCGCAUAUGGUACCGCCAAGUCAGGAAUCGGUAUUGCUGGUUGUCUGAUUCCCGUCGUCAUGUCCGGUAUCAUUGCUGUUUACUCUUUGGUUAUCUCGGUCCUCAUCGCCCAAGAUUUGGUCCCUCCCGGUGCUGGAAGCAACUACAGUUUGUUCAACGGCUUCAUGCACCUUGCCUGCGGUCUCUCCGUCGGCUUCACUGGCCUUGCGGCUGGUUACACGAUUGGUAUCGUCGGAGACAAGGGCGUGCGCUCGUACAUGGAGCAAUCACGCAUCUUCGUCGGCAUGGUCCUGAUUCUUAUUUUCGGCGAAGUCUUGGGUCUUUACGGACUCAUCGUCGCUCUUAUCCUGAACACCAAGUCCAAGGGCUAA